AUGGGGGCUGGGGUUAGUGCAGGACAAGGGGGUAAACAGGGGGGUGUUGGGUAUGUUGGCCUCGAGAAGGGUCUGGAGUUUUCAGAAGCUGACGUUAGGAAGAAGACGAUGACGAGCCCGAGAAAAGGAGAGAGGGCCGAUCAGGUGCAAGUGCAGCAGGAUCCUCCUUACCAUGUUCUUCAUAAGCUGCCUCCUGGUGACAGCCCCUACGUCAGGGCCAAGCACGUUCAGUUAGUUCAGAAGGAUCCAGAAGCAGCUAUAGUUUUGUUCUGGAAGGCGAUAAACGCUGGAGAUAGGGUGGAUAGUGCCCUCAAAGACAUGGCAGUAGUCAUGAAGCAGCAAGAUAGAGCAGAAGAAGCAAUUGAAGCUAUAAAGUCUUUCAGGGAUCGCUGCUCUAAGCAGGCACAAGAAUCCCUAGACAAUGUACUAAUUGACUUGUACAAGAAAUGUGGUAGAGUUGAGGAGCAAAUAGAGCUACUGAAGCAGAAACUUUGGAUGAUUUACCAGGGAGAGGCCUUCAAUGGUAAGCUUACCAAGACAGCGCGCUCCCAUGGAAGGAAGUUUCAAGUCACAAUCAAGAAAGAGACUUCCAGGAUACUGGGGAACUUAGGUUGGGCCUACAUGCAACAAGGGAACCAUGUUGCUGCAGAAGUGGUGUAUCGUAAAGCUCAAAUCAUCGACCCAGAUGCCAACAAGGCCUGCAACCUAUGCCUAUGCCUGAUCAAGCAAACACGAUACGUCGAGGCACAAGCAGUUCUUGAUGAUGUCUUGCAGGGCGCGCUUUCAGGAUCUGAUGAGCCCAAAUCAAAAAUUCGCGCCAAGGAACUGCUCCAGGAGCUAGAGCAAUGUCAAACUGUAGUUUUGUCAUCGAAUUCAUUGAGUUUGAAUAUAGAAGAUGCUUUUCUGGAGGGGCUUGACCACUUGAUGAAGCACUGGACCCCUCUAAGGUCUAGGAGACUUCCUAUCUUUGAAGAGAUUUCUUCAUUUAGAGAUCAAUUAGCUUGUUGA